ACUUGGAGUCUCACACCUCCGUCGCCGUAAAACGCCCUUUUUCUGAUCUGCGGCACUGCCCUUUGACUGGCCAAAUCGAUGGCCACAGACUUGAAGGCUAUGGAUGCUUCCCUCGACGAUGAAAUUAACGAAGUUAAAACUUCUGAGCACACUGAAGACAACAAGUCUCAACCUCAUACAGGAAAAGCCAGUCCUGGGAAGAUUUUCAUUGGAGGUUUAGCAAAGGAGACAACUCCUGAACAAUUCACCACGCAUUUUGGUAAGUAUGGUGAAAUUACGGAUUCUGUCGUGAUGAAAGAUCGGAGAACAGGGCAACCUCGUGGGUUUGGAUUUGUAACUUACGCAAAUCCUUCAGUGGUAGAUGAAGUCAUUCAAGAGACUCAUAUUAUCAACGGGAAACAAGUUGAAAUCAAGCGGACCAUACCAAAAGGAGCCAUCGACCCUAAGGAUUCUAGGACGAAGAAGAUCUUUGUUGGUGGAAUUCCUACAACUGUGACAGAAGAUGAGUUUAAGGACUUCUUUGCAAAGUUUGGAGAGGUGAAGGAGCACCAGAUCAUGCGGGACCAUGCCACCAGCCGUUCUCGUGGCUUUGGAUUUAUUACUUUUGACACUGAACAAGCUGUUGAUGAUCUCUUGGCUGAGGGGAAUAAGCUUGACCUAGCUGGAGCUCAGGUGGAAAUCAAGAAGGCUGAACCAAAGAAAGCCUCAAACCUGCCUCCAUCACUACCCAAGCGUUUUAAUGAUCCUAGGCCCACUUUUGGUGGUGGUUUUGGGGAUGAUUAUGGUGGCUUUGGUGUUGGCACUGGUGGCUUUGGUGCUAGUUCUUAUAGGUCAGGAAGGGGUUAUGGGGGUAGACCUGGUGCAUUUGGUGGAUAUAGUGGGUCUGAGUUUGGUGGUGGGUAUGGAGGAUAUGGUGGUAGUGGCUUAGGGUCUUAUAGGGGAGAUCCCUCCCUAGGAUACUCUGGCCGCUAUGGUGGAGGCUUUGGUAGAGAUUAUGAUUUAGUAGGUGGUUAUGGUGGUGCAACUGAUGGGUAUGGACGAUAUGGAAGUGCCAGUGGUGGUUAUGGUAGUGCAGCUGAUAGUUAUGGACGAUAUGGAAGUGCCAGUGGUGGCUAUGGCAGUGCUUAUGAUGCCAGCCUUGAUGGUGGUUAUGGAGGUAGUGGUGGAGGCUCAUUGUAUGGGAAUAGAGGGACUUAUGGAGGUAGUGGGAGUGGCAGAUACAAUCCUUAUGCAAGGUAGCUGAGGACCA